UGUUCUUUACACUCUUUUCAAUUAUUACAAAAAUGAAGUUCACUGUUGCUGCCGUUUUCACUGCCUUGGUCUCUGCUGUCUAUGCUCAAACCACUCCUCCUAAUGCCGGUGUUGCUGUCACACAUCCUGGUCUUGGUGAAGUCGUCACUGCCGGUAACACUUUCACCAUCAAGUGGGAUCCUAUUGCCAACUAUGCUAGCCCUGCUGCCAACAUCAACUCUAUCAGUUUGUUAAAGGGUAGUUCUGGUGCAUUGGAUGUUUCUAUCGCCAACAUCCUUUCUGCUCCUAUUGCUGCUAGCGCCAGAGAGUACCAAUGGAACGUUCCCGUUACUCAAGAAACCUUGGUCUCUUAUGCCGUCAGUUUAACUGGUGAUAACGGUCAAGUUACCUACUCUCCUUACUUCACCAUCUUGGCUGUCCCUGCUGGUACUGCCACCAACUAUACCGCCGCUGCUCCUGCUCCUGCUGCCUCUGGUUCAUCUCCUGCUGCUUCCGGCUCUGCUCCUGCUGCCUCUGGUUCUGCCAACGGUACUACCUCUGGUACCGCUUCUUCUCCCAAGGCCUCUGAAAGCAGUGCUGCUAACAGCCUCAAGGCCGGUCUUGUUGGUGCUGCUGGUAUUGCUGGUGCCGUUGCUCUCUUGCUUUAAAAAAGAUACAGAGAAAAAAAAAGAGUUUUCUUUGUUCUCAAUUCAUAACCAUUCUCCUUUUUCUUUUUAUUACAUGCACCUGUACGAGUUUCCCUUACCUCAUUGACCCCCAUUAUACUUUUUAUUACUUAAUAGAACUCUAAUUUACAACAAAAAAAAAAAUCAUGUUCGUUUAAAAUGACCCCCGAGAGAGAAGGGGAA